GGGUGAAGGGAGGGAUGUUUGGGGGGGCGGGGGUCCCGAUGACGGCAUCGGAACGCGCCGCGCCGGGGCGCCGAGCUCGACUGCAGGUCCCGGGACUUCGCUGGCACCCUGGCAGAUCCAAGAGCUACCCUCCUUCAACAUGGGACUGGAGGCCCAGAGGCUGUCGGGAGCUGAGGAAGCCCCAGUGAGGGUGGCCCUUCGUGUUCGCCCUCUGCUGCCCAAAGAGCUGCUCCAUGGUCAUCAGAGUUGCCUGCAGGUGGAGCCGGAGCGCGGUCGAGUCACCCUGGGGCGUGACCGCCACUUUGGCUUCCAUGUGGUACUGGGAGAGGACACCGGACAGGAGGCCGUGUACCAGACUUGCGUCCAGCCCCUUCUGGAAGCUUUCUUCGAGGGCUUCAAUGCCACCGUCUUUGCCUAUGGUCAGACAGGCUCCGGGAAGACGUAUACCAUGGGGGAGGCCAGCGUGGCCUCCCUGCAUGAAGAUGAACAGGGCAUCAUCCCAAGGGCCAUGGCUGAGACCUUCAAGCUCAUCGAUGAGAACGACCUGCUGGACUGCCUGGUGCACGUGUCCUACCUGGAAGUGUACAAGGAAGAGUUCCGGGACCUGCUAGAAGUGGGCACUGCCAGCCGGGACAUCCAGCUUCGGGAAGAUGAUCGGGGAAAUGUUGUGCUGUGUGGGGUGAAAGAAGUGGACGUGGAAGGCCUGGAUGAGGUGCUGAGCCUCCUGGAGAUGGGCAACGCUGCGCGGCACACAGGCGCCACGCACUUCAACCGCUUCUCCAGCCGCUCACACACCGUCUUCACUGUGACCCUAGAGCAGCGGGGCCGGGCUCCCAGCCGCUUGCCUCGACCCGCCGCCGGCCACCUGCUGGUCUCCAAAUUCCACUUCGUGGACCUGGCAGGCUCCGAGAGGGUUCUCAAGACCGGCAGCACGGGCGAACGGCUCAAGGAGAGCAUCCAGAUUAACAGCACCCUGCUGGCGCUGGGCAAUGUCAUCAGCGCUCUGGGGGACCCUCAGCGGCGCGGCAGCCACAUCCCCUACCGCGACUCCAAGAUCACCCGGAUCCUCAAAGACUCCCUGGGAGGGAAUGCCAAGACGGUGAUGAUCGCCUGCGUCAGCCCCUCUUCCUCCGACUUCGAUGAAACCCUCAACACCCUCAACUACGCCAGCCGCGCCCAGAACAUCCGCAACCGCGCCACAGUCAACUGGCGGCCCGAGGCCGAGCGCGCCCCGGAAGAACAGGCGGCGGGCGCGCGCGGGCCUCCGCGACACCGCUCGGAGACGCGCAUCAUCCACCGUGGCCGGCGCGUGCCCGGCCCCGCCGUGGGCUCCACCGCGGCGGCCGCCGGCCUGGGCGCCGCCGAGUGCGCGCGCUGCCGGGCCCGCACCAGCGCCGCCUACAGCCUCCUGCGAGAACUGCAGGCAGAGCCGGGGCUGCCGGGCGCUGCUGCCCGCAAGGUGCGGGACUGGCUGUGCGCCGUGGAGGGCGAGCGCAGCGCCCUGAGCUCCGCCUCCGGGCCUGACAGCGGCAUCGAGAGCGCUCCGGCCGAAGACCAGACCGCGCAGGGAAACAGCGGAAGAAAGGGAGAUGAGGGGGCCCAGCAGCUACUGAGCUUGCAGAAGCAGGUGGAGCGGCUGGAGGAGGAGAAUCGAGACUUCCUGGCAGCUUUGGAGGAUGCCAUGGAGCAGUACAAACUGCAGAGUGACCGCCUGAGAGAGCAGCAGGAAGAGAUGGUGGAGCUUCGCCUCCGGCUAGAGCUGGCACGGCCUGGCUGGGGCGCACCGGGGUUCCUGCAGGGCUUGCCUCCUGGGUCCUUUGUGCCUCGACCUCACACAGCCCCCCUGGGGGGUGUCCACACUAGCAUGCUGGGCAUGGUGCCCCCCACUUGUCUUCCUGCAGAAGAAGUUAGCUCUGAGCAGCAGGUGACUAAUGGCGGGGAGGUCAAGACAAAGGCGCUGGCCCAAGUGGACAAGCUGGGAAGUGGCUCUUCCACUACCUCAGAGGAGGAGGAGGAGGAGGAGGAGGAGGAGGAGGAGGAGGAGGAGGAGGAGGAGGAGGAGGCGCCACCCAGGCGGACCUUAAACCUUCGCAGAAAUGGGAUUAGCAACGGGAGCCAGAGGGCCGGGGUCCGUCCGGAGACCCCACCUGACAGGAAGGGUCCAGAGGUCUGCCCAGAAGAGUCAACCAUCCCAGCACCACAAGCAGCUGGUGGCAGCAAGGUCCCGGUUCAGACCCGCCAGAACCCAGCUGCCAUGGCCUCUGAGUGGCGACUGGCCCAGGCCCAGCAGAAGAUCCGGGAACUGGCCAUCAACAUCCGGAUGAAGGAGGAGCUCAUCGGUGAGCUGGUCCGCACAGGAAAGGCGGCCCAGGCCCUGAACCGCCAGCACAGCCAGCGCAUCCAGGAGCUGGAGCAGGAGGCCGAGCGUGUGCGGGCAGAGCUGUACGAAGGGCAGCGGCAGCUUCGUGAACUGGAGGGCAGGGAACCCCAGGAUGCCAGCGAGCGGUCCAGGCUUCAGGAAUUCCGCAAGAGAGUGGCUGCAGCCCAAAGCCAGGUGCAGGUACUGAAGGAGAAGAAGCAGGCCACGGAGCGGCUGGUGUCACUGUCGGCUCAAAGUGAGAUGCGGCUCCAGGAGCUGGAGAGGAACGUGCAGCUCAUGCGGCGCCAGCAGGGCCAGCUGCAGAGGCGGCUCCGGGAGGAGACGGAGCAGAAGCGGCGCCUGGAGACGGAGAUGACCAAGCGGCAGCAUCAGGUCAUGGAACUGGAGCUGAAGCAGCAGCAGCAGCAGAAGAUCCUGAAAAUCAAGACGGAAGAGAUCGCAGCCUUCCAGAGGAAGAGGCGCAGCGGCAGCAACGGCUCCGUGGUCAGCCUGGAGCAGCAGCAGAAGAUUGAGGAGCAGAAGAAGUGGCUGGACCAGGAGAUGGAGAAGGUGUUGCAGCAGCGGCGGGCGCUGGAGGAGUUAGGACAAGAGCUCCACAAGCGGGAGGUCAUCCUGGCCAAGAAGGAGGCCCUGAUGCAGGAGAAGACGGGGCUAGAGAGCAAGCGUCUGCGGUCCAGCCAGGUGAGCCCCCAUCCCAGGACUCCCGGCCAGGCCCUAAAUGAGGACAUCGUGCGCGUGUCCAGCCGCCUCGAACACCUGGAGAAGGAGCUCUCUGAGAAGAGCGGGCAGCUGCGGCAAGGCAGCGCUCAGAACCAGCAGCAGAUCCGGGGGGAGAUCGACACCCUGCGCCAGGAGAAGGACUCCCUGCUGAAGCAGCGCCUGGAGAUCGAUAGCAAGCUGAGGCAAGGAAGCCUGCUGUCCCCUGAGGAGGAGAGGACGCUGUUCCAGCUGGAUGAAGCCAUCGAGGCCCUGGACGCUGCCAUUGAGUACAAGAAUGAGGCUAUCACCUGCCGCCAGAGGGUGCUGCGGGCCUCGGCCUCCCUGCUGUCCCAGUGCGAGAUGAAUCUCAUGGGCAAGCUCAGCUACCUCUCCUCCUCGGAGACCAGGGCCCUGCUGUGCAAGUAUUUUGACAAGGUCGUGACCCUCCGAGAGGAGCAGCACCAGCAACAGAUUGCCUUCUCGGAGCUGGAGAUGCAGCUGGAGGAGCAGCAGCGGCUGGUGUACUGGCUGGAGGUGGCGCUGGAGCGGCAGCGCCUGGAGAUGGACCGCCAGCUGACCCUGCAGCAGAAGGAGCAUGAGCACAAUGUGCAGCUGCUCCUCCAGCAGGGUCGAGACCACCUUGGCGAGGGCUUAGCAGACAGCAAGAGACAGUAUGAGGCCCGGAUUCAGGCUCUGGAGAAGGAACUGGGCCGACACAUGUGGAUAAACCAGGAGCUGAAGCAGAAGCUCAGCGCAGGAAAUCCGGCCAGCCAGAGCCGGGGUGGAGAGAGGAGAAGCCUCUGCCUAGAGACCAGACAAGGCCUUGGGAAUGAAGAUGGGCUCCACCCAGCAGCUCCUGAAGCUCCCUGGCAGCCCUCCCUUCUGGAGGGGGCACCCCGUGCCUGGGAUGAGACCCGGGACUUGGUCCAUGCCCCACUACCCCUGACAUGGAAACGCUCAAGCUUGUGCAGUGAGCAGGGCUCCUCGGAGGAGCUGAGGGCCCGGGAAACAACUGAACCCCCAGUAGGGCGUGUGCUACCCGUGGGUGAAGUGGGCCUCUCCUGGAACUUUGGACCCUUGCCUAAGCCCCGGUGGGAAGCCCGGAGAACCAGCCCAUGGAUGAUCGAUGUCAGGAAAAACCCCUUGUAGGCCUUGGUCAGGCCCUGCCUCGGAUUUCAGUCCUGCUGAGAGGAGAGGCUGCCUGUUUUGCUUCUGUGAAGGACAGCUCUUACCUCACACUGUAAAUCCAUCUUUACACUAAGUGGAGUCAGCAAAUGUGGGCCAUAGCCCAAAAGAACUGGACCUUUCCCACUGUGGUACAGGGGAUGGAACCCAGGACCUUGUGCAUUUUUUAAAUACGUGCAAACUUCCACUCCCCUUCCUGUGAGCUGCAGGACCUGAUAGCCACCUUUCAUUUGUGGGACAAAUCUGGAGCUCCUCCAAGGCUUGUCACAAAAUGGUCAGUGGCGAGAGGGUUAGGCUUAACGGUCUUAUGCGGAUGGGGGACUAGGAAAGUUGUUAACAUUUUUAGAAUUUUUUAAAAUAUCAUUUAAUAAUAAACAGGAAUAAUCUGA